GUCAAGCCACGUGACCAAAGGCAAGCCCGCAACACCCCCAGCGCCAAAAUUCGAAAUACGUUUAUUUAAAAAAAAAAGGAAAAAAAUACGCUGCGUGUCAAAAACACUAAAGCGAGUUUGUGUCAGCUUUUUACUUCGCAACUAACUUUGGCGACGAGUCGGAAUCCACCGAGGACACGCGGCCGUCGCCGUAAUGUGAAGCAUAUCUGCAGGACAUUUUGUACAACACUUUGACCAUGAGACGGAGCCCAAGGAGACCCCUGAUCCUCAAAAGACGAAAGUUGCCCUUUCAGCUGAACCACCCGCCCGCCGGUCCGCACGCGUCCGUGCCCCAAGGAGAUCCGGCGAGUUCGUCCGCCCCGGAGCACUUCCCGGACGGCGUGCGCGUCCUGGAUCACCCCGUCUUCCCCGGCACACAGGUGGUGGUCAUUCCCAAGACGGCCGAGCGGCACAGUGUCAUCGAGGCGCUCACCGUCAAGGGCAAGGAGAGCGGUGUCCAGGGGCCCAACAAGUUCAUCCUCCUGGGUGAGAGCGGCAGCCUGCACUCGGGCUCGCUGUGCCAGACCGAUGAGGCCGCCGGCUUUCCGGCGAGCGCGGUGGGACAGCGGGUGUCUCAAAGCGCGGCGUUCAUUGGAAUUAAGCAAGUGCAAAAGGAAGAGGACGGCAACCGUUUUGACGACAGCCUCACCAACAUGCAGUGGUUGGAAAGGAGCGACGCCUUGCAGCCAGGACCUGGCGACGACAACUUCGAUAAGGAGAACCAGACUGCAGUGGCCGUGUUAGAACGAAGACCGAAUAUUCUGCAUUCUGUGUGUGAAGCAGCAUGUGGCUCACCAUCCAAGACCCCGAAGACCCCGGCGGGCCCCGGCGCUCGCCCAAAAAACGCCGCAUCUGAGAAGCCGCCCUUCUCCUACAUGGCCAUGAUCCAGUUUGCCAUCAACAGCAGCAGGAACGGCCUCAUGACCCUGAAUGAGAUCUACAAGUGGCUCCAGCACCACUUUGACUUCUUCGGGGAUGAGAACAGGCGGGGCUGGAAGAAUUCCGUCCGCCAUAACCUCUCCUUGCACAAAAUGUUCCUCCGCAAGAUGUCGCCCAAUGGAAAAGUUUCCUUCUGGACCGUUCGGCCGGACGCCAAUCGAGGUCUCACCUUGGAUCAGGUCUACAGGGCUGGUUGUAACCCAGUGGCAGCCCGUUUUGCCCAGCCAGUACUGUCUUCACCUUACCAACAGCAGCAGCAGCAGCAGCAGCAAAUGCCUUCUGGUCGCAAGAAAGCACCUCCAGGCUGUGAGAAGCGUCUGAAACCUCUCCUCCCCCGAACGCCCUCCUACCUGAUCCCCGUCCAGCUCCCCCUCAGCGCCACGGUGUGUUUGCCUUCCUCCUUCCCGUUGGCUCCUCCCCAGGCUCGCCACGUAGCCAGCAGCUCCUGCAAAGCCAAAAGGAGCGGAGAGGCUCCAAAGGUGGCGCUUGCGAAGAAUGACGCUCCGCGAGCUAAGGUGUUGAAAGCGGAGGCGGAGCGGGUGCGCAGGAGCCCCAAGGCGCUCGCCCGGAAACAACAAGCUGGCAGGUCGCGACGCAAGCAGCGUCUGGUGCGCUCGCAGCACGAAGAACCGCUCCUGGUGUGCUCGCAAGACUCGGAGGUGGACUCUGGCAUCUCCGCCGCGUCUAGCUGCCCGGACGCCGAGGCCGACCACCAGCAGGGGCGUCUCCGCUUCUACGAGACCCCCGUAAAAGCGGGCCGCCGCCGCCUGGUCUCUUCCACGCCCAGCAAGCCGCCGGUCGAGAACUGCGGGCAGAGCGCGCUGGACUUCAGCCCCAUCCGCACGCCCCUGCACGACUACCCCGCCUUUAACCUAAGCAGCACCCCCUUGGAGGACUGGGCCCUCUUCUCCGACGCCACCUCGCCCGUCUGGCAGAGCGCCUGCUCCAGAGAGCUGCUGGACGGCGGCGACACCCCGCCCGCCGACCGCUCUCUCGCCGAGGGCCUGGUGCUGGACACCACCGGCGACAGCCUGAGCAAGAUCCUGGUGGACUUCAGCCUGGAGGACAUCCACGACCUGGGCUUGGCUGACGUCAACCUGUCGGAGAUCAGCCUGUCGGAGAUCAUCCCGUCGGAGAUCAUCCCGCAGUUCAAGUAGUCCCGGGGCUGAAUUCCCAUCGGUGUUUGUUGUCCAGUCACGUACACGCAACAUGUGCGGCGACAUGCACACGCUCCUAUCCCUUGCAUACACUCGCACACUCUGCAUACACAAACGCAGGCGCUCACAAACGGACGUACACGCAGAUUCACACUUGCGCAUGCUCAAAACGUAUACACGCACACUAGCACAUGCACACUUUUUGCACAUUUUCACACCGUUUGGCCGUUGAAAUCUUUGUUUUUUGCUUUACAGUCUAAAAAUCUUUUCAUCGAGCAUUUCAUUUAAUUUCACAUCCGCUCGACAGCGCUUUGAAUCACUUUUGUUUGUUGUCCUUUCGAAGACACUUUUGUUGUUUGUGUAUUUGAAUCUAUGUUGAUUUGCACAUUUUGUUAUUUAAGUUGAGGGUCCUUUGUUGCCUGGAAAGAUACUUCCACCUGCCAGUUUGGGGGUUUAAAAACAUUUUGGGGGUGCAAGUUGUUUAGCAAUAAGAUAUUUGAAACAAAUAGAGCAAUAAGAAGCACUACUGUUACUAGCAAUAGGGUUGUAUUAGUUCAUGCAGUGACUCCAAGAAGCACAAUGGAAAUAUUCCUGCCAUCUUUGUUCUUAUUCUAUGGUGGUACAAUAAACGUGUUGUUGCCUUUAAA